AUGCAUCUUCAAACAUCAUUUUUGCUUCUUGCAUUCACCUUUGCGUUCAACAUCGUCUUUGCUUCUAAGCGUGGUGGCUAUGGACGUGCUAAUGCUGGUACUAGCACAGACAAUCCAUUCGCUCUUCCUGUUGAUAACAAAACAUGCACGCAUAACGGUCAUCAACUGCAAAUUAAACGUGCUCUAAAAGAUUUAGAAGAAAUUGUUGAAUUGGGAUUGGAUACCCUGUACAGCUCACCAACCUCGACGGUAGUUGCUAAGUACUUUGGUCAUAUCAACCAUGGUGCUGAACUGAUCACUCCAAUCGGUAUUUUAACACGUUUACAAAAAGGUACAAAGAAGAAUGUUGUUUUGCAUUGCGGAACAAAAGAUGAUGAAACCGAGGACAAUGGAAUCGCAACGGACGAUUGGACAGUUUGCAAUUCUUCAAAACGUUUCUCAUCAGAAGGUGGUUUUGUAGAGCAAAUUAAUCGCAAGCAUUCCAAACAAAUUUCCGUGAUUACUUGUCCGCAAAGUUUUGCUCCUUCAACGCAUCGUUUAUAUCUUGAAGAAAUUUGUCAAAACGAUUUCACGUUGAAUGAUAAUGUGCCAACAACAUAUUGGCCAAUCAGCUUGUUAUCCUUGUUUAUGCAAGUACCACAAUUAUCUUCACCUUUGAUGCAACUCGAUAAACGUGAUUAUGCAAAUGUUUUGGAUUUGGCACACAGAGAUCCAGAAAUGGCAAAACAUAACAUUUAUACGUACUUAUACUUCUUGUUGGAUGUAUACGCAAGGAAGAACUACAGUCCAAACGGCUGUUCCGGUCAACCAUCUGGCCGUGUAUACGAAGAACCAUGGAACUAA